AGCAUUCCCAAAUUGACGAUUCUGACAAGACAGAGACUCGAAUAGAAAAAGAUAUUUGAAUUUUUGUGAUUUUCAACCUGAAUAUUAAGAGAGAGUAGAAGUGGCUUUGAAAGAGGCCUUUUACCAUAUAGUUACUAGUCUGUUAGAAGCUCAAGAUUGAUCGAACUAAAAUAAAUAAAUAAUGAACAUGUCUUUUCCUAGAGCCAAACGUUUUGAAACUAGAGUAUCAGAUAUCAAUGUAUCUCCAGCCGACUAUGAUCUGCGAGUUGAUCCCGAUAACACUGUUCGUUUCGGAACUUGUCCCAGAUUUCAUAACACAGUUCCCAAAGAAGGACCCCCAGUGGAAUGUUCUCGCCCGAAUUGUUGCAGUAAACUUGAGAUGACCUGCUCAACGCCCAAUGUUUCUAAUAAACGAAGACAAUCUAACACAGUGAGAUCUGAAUCUGUUCGUUCCUCCAGAUUAUCUUUUCCUUCUGAAAAUGACGAGGUGAGUUCAAGCGAACAUAGGGAAGAUUGCCAAGAAAACAUCAAAAAUGACGAAGUCUUGUUGGACGUUAUUGACAAUCCACCCAAACCUCCAGGCUCACUAAUUAGACAAAAUUCUCUUGAUAAUGAUACCCGAAGUUUAGCUAAUUCAAAAGAGUCAAAUACAAUAGACAAGAAGAGGAAAAUACAAUCCAACGAGGUAAAUAACCGAAAUCAAAUUGAAAUACAAGAGAAUGAAAGUGGUCAAGGUGGAGACGACCAAAUACGGAAAUGUGGUGGGAAAAUGAUCAAAAUCAAAAAAGUCACAACUUUUCUGAUCCCAGAAAAUAAGGUGAUGCUUAUACCCUACAACGAAAUUGCGAAUGUCGUUUCCACUGCCAUGAAUGAUCUACAUGUUGAACUCCAAAAUAAAAGAAGAUCGGUCCUCAAUGAAACUAAUGAAAAAGUAGAGCACUUGAUCUCAGAAAUAUAUACUAUGAAUAUUAGUUUUAAAAAAGACAUCAAACGAUUGACCGAUUCAACUUCUGCAAAUCUCAUAAAACAGAUAACAAACAUUUUGAACGGUACAAAUGGUAGCGUGUCUGGGCCCUCCGCAGAUAUUGAUACUGAGCUGGAAGAAAUUGAACGACUACCGGAGAUUCAAGAUGCCUCUUUCAAUUAUGAAAAUAUCUUCAGAGUGUUGUCUGAACAAUUGCAAAAUAGCAAGGAUGAACUGGAUGCUAUAGGACAACAGAUUGAUGCCACCUUGGAUACUCAAAGAAGGUUGGAUCGUCAAGAAUCUAUUUUGAAUUUCAUUGGCAAUGAAAUAACAAACUGGAAAAAGGACAUUUCCAAAGAUGACUAACUUUUUUUUCAAUGUUCUUAUUGUGAAUGUGAAUUUUUCCAAAUAAUUAGUGACUUUUAAUCAAAUCAUAUUCAUAUAUUUAUUGUAUAUGGAUCAUUUUAUUAAGAUUGAUGUGAGAGUUAGCUAGCAUAAGUAUUUUUAAAUGUAAUCAUUUUAAAUCAAUAAAUGGAGGAGAUUUUG